UCCACUCAAACCCCCAAGCACACACCACACACACAAAAAAGAGUACAAUCUCCAUGCUUCUAUUUUUGACCCUUCUCUUAUUUCAUAAUGUCGAUUUUACCACUGACAUUCCUUCCUCUACCCUCCACAGAACCACUUCUCUUAUUUAACAACUAGACCCUGUUUUGGAAUUUCACAAUGUAUGUUGAUGAUCAUUUAUAACUGAUUUGAGGUUCAGGUUCUAACUCUAUCCUCCUUAUUUCCCCCGAAUUUUCUUCAGUUCAGAAUUUAAGACACCAAAACAGUUCCAAGGGAUACAAAAAGUCAUCAUUCCCCUCAGCUUCAUUCACUCUUUUCCCUGAAGAAAACGUAAAAAUGAAUCUUCAAAGGUGACCUUGAGUCUGUGCUAUAACUGGCUCAGUUUGUCAUAGCAAGCUAGAAUUUUGUUGUCCUUGCCAUGGUGGAUCGUGGUCAAGGGAAAAAAACCACACCUGCUGCUAUUGACUUGUCUCUGAAGAAGAAGGAGCUUCUUUCUAGUGCCAUGAAAAGAACAAGUGAAUGGAUUUUUUCUCAGGAGAUUCCAAGUGAUGUCAGUGUUAAAGUUGGAGAAGCUACCUUUACAUUGCAUAAGUUUCCAUUAGUCUCCAAGUGUGGAUACAUUAGGAAACUCGUCUCGGAAUCCAGUGAUGCUGACAUUACCUUGGUUGAACUCUCUGAUGUUCCUGGUGGAGCAGAAGCAUUUGAACUGGCAGCAAAAUUCUGCUAUGGGAUAAACUUCGAAAUAAGUGUUGAGAACAUUGCUAUCCUUCGCUGCGUGGCAGAAUAUCUUGAGAUGACCGAGGACUUUUCAGUUGGAAACUUGGUGGGGAGGGCUGAUGCAUUCUUGAAUGAAGUGGCACUCAAAACCAUCGCAGGGGCUGUGUCUAUCUUACAUGUUUCAGAAAACCUCCUUCCAAUAGCCGAGAGAGCGAAAUUGGUGAACCGAAGCAUCGAUGCCAUUGCAUAUAUAGUUUGUAAGGAAAGCCAGUUCUGUGCAUCAGGAAGAAGUGAAAGUGGCUCUGAUGGAGUGGCAUCUUCUACAUCAUCUCACCAGAGGCCAGUUGUUGAUUGGUGGGCUGAAGAUCUCACUGUCCUCAGAAUUGACAUUUUCCAAAGAGUUUUAAUUGCAAUGAUGGCAAGAGGGUUUAAACAGUAUGCUAUUGGUCCCAUUCUAAUGCUCUAUGCACAGAAAUCUCUACGAGGUUUGGAUAUAUUCGGAAAGGGAAGGAAGAAGAUUGAACCAAGACAAGAGCAUGAAAAGAGGGUUGUUUUAGAGACUCUGGUGAGCCUUUUACCAAGGGAGAAGAAUGCAAUGUCAGUAAGCUUUCUUUCUAUGCUGCUUCGUGCGGCGAUCUAUCUUGAGACAACAGUUGCUUGCAGGCUUGAUUUGGAGAAGAGGAUGGCCAUGCAGUUGGUACAGGCUGUUUUAGAUGAUCUUCUCAUUCCUUCCUAUUCAUUUACUGGGGACACACUGUUUGAUGUGGAUACAGUGCUGAGGAUCAUGUCUAAUUACCUUGAAUCUCAACACCACUCAAUCUACAAUGAGGAUGAUGAAUACUUUUCUCCUUCACAAAGUGACAUGGAGCGGGUUGGAAAGCUAAUGGAAAACUACCUUGCAGAAAUAGCAACUGAUCGAAAUUUAUCAGUUCCGAAGUUCAUCUCUCUGGCUGAAUUAAUUCCUGAACAAUCAAGGCCAGCAGAAGAUGGGAUGUAUAGGGCCUUGGACAUCUAUCUAAAGGCUCAUCCCAAUCUAAGUGACAUGGAGAGAAAGAAAGUUUGCAGUGUGAUGGACUGCCAGAAGUUAUCCCGAGAGGCCUGUGCACAUGCUGCUCAAAAUGACCGGCUUCCUGUCCAAACUGUGGUUCAAGUUCUCUAUUAUGAACAACAGAGACUUCGUGAUGCUAUGAAUGGCAGUGCAAGUGGGGAAGCUCCUUCAGUUCCCGCCAAGCUCAAUGUAUUCUCCAGUGAUCUUCAUCCGGUCUCAAAUGAGCUUACCAGCUUAAAAAGAGAAAAUGAAGAUCUGAAACUAGAGCUAGUGAAAUUGAAAAUGAGACUAAAAGAGAUUGAGAACUCCACAAUUAAAUCAGGAGCUAACAGUCCAGUUGUAAAUGCUUCACCUUCUGGCUCUGCUGAUAAGCCUCCCCUGCCUCGGAGACCAUCAUUCAUAAGCUCAGUAUCCAAAAAACUUGGACGGCUCUCUCCAUUCCCUCGUGCUGAUGGUGUUUCACCUUUUGCCAAAGGUCGCACAAAGCCAAAUAAGGAUCGACGCCACUCCAUUUCUUGAGGCUUGAUUGAAAGUACAGGCUACUCUUUCCUAGUUUUUGCUCCAUCUGUGUGAGCCCCAUGUAGAUUAUAUUAUCAUGAUCAUUCAGUAAGAACAAUAUUGUAAAGGGUUGUGAAAAAUAAAAUAUGAUUCUUGGGUUGGUUUGCA